AUGCCAGCGGACUACAGCUCAACAGCAAGAGCACUCGCCCUCCCUAUAUCCCCAAUUCCCUCUCCCUCUCCCGAAUCAGAGAACACGCGUCCGGCCUGGACCCGACGAAUAUCGACCUCCACCCGACGCUCGCCCUACUCCCAACCAAGCCGAGUCCACAUCUCCCUACAAUCACAAAUCAUCGACAAUGGCUAUAAAAUCCAGCGCCGGCUCCUCAAGAUCUUCCAAUCCCUAUCACUCCUUCAGCAAAUUCUCACCGUCCUCGUCAGCCUCACUUGCUUUGUCCUCUCAAUCCUCUUCCUCGUAUAUAAUGAGCGAAUCUUCCACGCCUUCGCGCCCGUUGCGGUGAAAUGGAAGGCUAUGACGGGAGGCUGGAUGAUCCUCUGGGCCUUGACAUUCAUAGCUGCUUUCCCGCCUCUAAUCGGGUACAGCUCAGCCGUGACGAUCUCGGGGUUCGUGUACGGCUUCCCAGCAGGAUGGUACAUCGUAUCGACAGCGACCGUGGCCGGGUCACUAGCCUCAUUCAUAUCCUCGCGGACGAUAUUCUCCUCGUACGUCCAUCGGCUUGUAGGUCAGGAUAAGCGUUUUGAGGCCCUCGCUCUAACGCUCAAACACGACGGCAUUAAAAUCCUCGUCAUGAUCCGGCUCUGUCCUCUGCCAUACAGUCUCAGCAACGCAGCCAUGUCUACAUUCCCCACCGUUCACCCCUUAUCCUUUGCCCUCGCAACCGCACUGUCCACUCCCAAACUCCUCAUCCACGUCUUCAUCGGCAGCCGGCUCGCGAUUAUUGCCGAGAACGGUGGUACCAUGGGCGCCGGUACGAAAGCCAUAAACUACAUUUCCAUCAUCUUCGGUGCUAUCAUGGGCGCCGCUGUCGGAUAUAUAAUAUAUAAUCGAACGAUAGCGAGGGCGAAGGAACUGGAGAUCGAAGAAAUGGAGGCUGGGAGACGAGAGAGUUCUGCAUCGGCUGGUGGGGAAAGAGGCUAUAAUGAUGCGGAUGAGUCGGAUGCUGCGGCCCUGAUGGAUGGGGACGAUAUUUCGCUAUGGGAUAAUGAGGAUGGAUGUGAGAAUCGGGGUGCCGGGUAUAGGGAUGAGUUUACUGAUGAUGAUGAAGAUGUUUUUGCCAGCGGGGACCAAGAUGAGCCUGCGAAGAAAGGUAGAGGGAAACAUUUAGAUGCAUUGUAG